AUGGGGAAGACAAUAGAGUCUGACAAUGAAUAUGACCUAUCCUCUGACAUUGAUAACCAAUGUGACAGUGAUGAUGACUACGAUGAUGACCUAAAUGAUGAGGAUAAUACUGAGUCAUUUAAUGUACUUCACUCAUUAUCCUUAAUUGAUAAGAUGCAUGUUUCUCUUGGCAGACCUGAUGUCCCACUUCAAGCAGCGAAGCUGGCAUCAGAAACUGGUGUAGCUCUUAGAGACAAGCUGCCUAUCUACACAUCUUGGAAGCUUUAUGAAAAAGAUGGGGGGCCAGUAGAAGUACAAAAAGUGCUUGAUAAAGUGGCGAAUAGGUUGGAUGUGGAUGUUAAGAAUGAUGGACCAAGCAAAUCUGCAUGCACUGAUAUCAUUAAGAAGGGAGUAAAGCAGCAGAGGUAUCACCUAAAAAGGAAGUACUUCGACGAGUCCCUGGCAAUGGAACAGCUGUUGGCCAAAGAACCUCCACCUAAAAUGAAGAAAGAGGAGUGGAUCGAGCUCGUAAAGUACUGGUGUGACCCAAAGAAUCAGAUCCAUGGCCUGCAUCACUGCUUUUGUUAACAUGCAAUUAAACUGUGCCUGUGAAUUAGAAGUUUGUAUUGCAUUUGUGGUGCUGGAGAAAUCUGCGAAGAAUAAAGUAAACUGAUCCA